GGUUGUGGUGCAUGCAUGGUGGUGGUGGUGGCGGUGGAGAUCAUCAUGCGGUGUCUAGCUUUUGUGAUUGGGCUGCUGUUGCUUGGAUGGGUCAGCUGCGUCUGCCAGAAGGCGCCUGGGUCGAGGUACCGCAGCAUCGACAACUGUCCCAUUAACCGCAUGUUCCGGCCCCUGUGUGCCAGUGACGGCUGCUCCUACAUCAACGACGGCGCUCUGGCUUGUGCCCAGAAGGAGGACCCAAACCUCAGAGUUAUCCAUGAUGGGAUGUGUAGCGAUGCCGUUGACCCCGAGGUGGACAACAACGUGGAGUAAUGGUGAAAGGACCUAAGUGAAGGCAUUCCUUGGUGGAUGGAUUGUUGCAGCGCUCUCUUACACUCACACAAGACACGCUGAGUGGGAUCGGGAAAGCUGGUACGAAACGAGGACAAAAAUCCAUCACAACCAUCAGAAAAUAAGAUAAUCAAAAUAAGAACUGAAAUUAAGAUGGAAGAUUAAACAAGAACUUUUAGCCUUUUCAGUUGUGUAUUCGUAAUUUGUUGACUCUCAAAGCAACGAAGUGGGAUCUGUAAUCGCAGAAAUGAGUGAACAGAAGGUUAUUUUCGUCUUUUUUCUUGCCUACGAGACUAUUAAAAAGACUUAUGUACGUAAAAAGAAUGCAUCAAGAGAUUUGGUGAUUAUGUUAAAAAGUACUGGAGUACUGAAUGAAAAUCCCUAGAAAAAUUGAGUGAUGAUCAGAAAACUGUCCAAUAUUGAGAGACAAAAACAGUAACAAGGAAGCAAAUCAGCGAAUACGAUAACGAAUGAAAAGUAAACGAAAACAAAUUGAGAACAUAGAAGAGAAAGCUUCACAGGGAAGACCGACGGUGCAUUAAGAGAGAGAAAGAUAAAGAUUGAGCUUGUCAGAAAGAAGAAUUAGUGACAACACAGCAGGAAUCCGAGAAGAGGACAGACCCCGUUGAAGAACGGAGGAACGAAGGAGACUCAAGGCUUCUGGGAGCGAGCAAAUGGAAAAAAAAGAAGAAGAAGGAAAAAAAAAAAGACCACGAACCAAACCAUGAAGCGUGUCCACUCACGAAGCAGUCUGUAUCCCACGAAGCACGUACGAGUGAAGCACAUUAUUCCUUCUACUUAGGUAUAUCAUUAUAAUCUUAUUUACUAUUGGGUACUAAACAUGUUAUUUGUCAAUAAAGGUGACUAAGCAUG